UCAGUACCAUCAGUUCCUGAUCAUAUGCCACCUCUUGAAAUGGCUGAAUAUCAACUAAUUCUUUUUGUUAUAAUGACUCUGUGUAUUCCUUCCAUCUUCUUUUGAUGCUUCCUGCAUCAUUUAAUAUUUUCCCCAUGGAAUCCUUCACUAUUGCAACUCAAGGCUUGAAUUUUUUUCUUCAGUGUUUUCAGCUUGAGAAAUGCUGAGUGUGUUCUUCCCUUUUGGUUUUCCAUCUCCAGCUCUUUGCACAUGUCAUUAUAAUACUUUACUUUUUCUUCUCGAGAGGCCCUUUGAAAUCUUCUGUUCAGUUCUUUUACUUCAUCAAUUCUUCCUUUUGCUUUAGCUGCUCGACAUUCAAGAGAAAGUUUCAGAGUCUCCUCUUACAUCCAUCUUGGUCUUUCCUUUCUUUCCUGUCUUUUCAGUGAUCUCUUGCUUUCUUCAUGGAUGAUGUUCUUGAUGUCAUUUCACAACUCUUCUGGUCUGCGGUCACUGUCAUUGGAAGGACUCAAUAACAAAAGGCAGGUGGUAAUUUAAAGGGGAUGACUAGCUGAAAUGACAGUUGGCAGUUCAUUGAAUGUUGCUUUUACUUUCUCCAGCCUUCACACUAGCUAUAUGGAAGCAGAAAACCAAACAAAAGUUUCAGAAUUUCUCCUGCUGGGCCUCUCAGAGGAUCCUGAACUUCAGCUGCUCUUCUCUGGACUCUUCCUGUCCAUGUACCUGGUUACUGUCCUUGGGAACCUGCUCAUCAUUCUGACUGUCAGCUCUGACCCCCACCUCCACACCCCCAUGUACUUCUUCCUCUCCAACUUGUCCUUUGUUGACAUCUGUUUCAUCACCACCACAGUCCCAAAGAUGCUGGUGAACAUCCAGACACAUAGCAAAGCCAUAUCUUACAUACGGUGCCUCACUCAGGUAUAUUUCUUUGUGAUUUUUGCUGGACUGGACAAUUUUCUCCUGUCAUUGAUGGCCUAUGACCGAUUUGUGGCCAUCUGUCACCCCCUGCACUACACAGUCAUCAUGAAUCCCCGCCUCUGUGUCUUGUUGGUUCUGAUGUCUUGGGUCAUCAUUUUCUGGGUCUCUCUGCUUCAUAUUCUACUGAUGAUGCACCUGAACUUCUGUAUAAGCACUGAAGUACCGCAUUUCUUCUGUGAACUGGCUCAGAUUAUCAAAUUGGCCUGCUCUAAUACCUUCAUCAAUAACAUCUUCUUGUAUGUGUCAACUGCCCUGCUGGGUGUGUUUCCCUUCUCAGGGAUCCUCGUCUCUUAUUAUCAGAUUGUCUCUUCUUUAAGGAGGAUGUCUUCUGCUGGGGACAAGUAUAAGGCAUUUUCCACCUGUGGGUCUCACCUCUCUGUGGUCUUCUUGUUCUAUGGGACAGGACUUGGGGUGUACCUCAGCUCUGUUGUAACUCAUUCUUCCCAGAGAAGUUUUAUUGCAUCAGUGAUAUACACUGUGGUUACACCCAUGCUGAACCCCUUCAUAUACUGCCUAAGGAAUAAGGAUGUGAAGGGAGCUCUGGGAAAUCUCCUCUGUAGAGCAGCCUCUUUUCUAUGAUGAUGGUCACUGGUCUCAGGGCUAAAUGAGUUCACGGUCCCCAAAGCCAAAUAUCAUGAUUUUAAUAUUCUGAUUCUUUUUCCUUCCAA